AUGGUUGGUAAAAUAGCUGAAUUUAUCGAACACAAUGGUUACUCAAUAACCAAUGCAGAUGCUAGCUUGUUCGUGAAGACCGAAGGAGAAAAAGUGGCUAUUGUUCUGGUAUAUGUUGAUGAUCUCAUAAUCAUAGGAGAUCUUGAUGAAGUAAUUGUUCAAUUGAAAGAGAACUUGUGUACUCGUUUUCACAUGAAGGAUCUUGGAAAGCUAAGACACUUCUUGGGUUUGGAAAUCGAAUAUGAAGUUGGAGAUAUAAUCUUGCAUCAACGGAAGUACUCAUCAGACUUGUUGAAGCAUUUUGGAAUGUUCAACUGUAAGCCAGUCAUGUCGCCAAGGGAUACAAAUGCAAAGUUUUAUGUGGAUGUUGGGAGAAAACUGGAAGAUGAAACUAUGUAUAGGAAACUUGUUGGAAAUCUAAUCUACUUAAAUCUAACUAGGACAGAUAUUGCCUUUGUAGUUGGCGUACUAAGUCGGUAUAUGCAAAAUCCCAGAAAACCUCAUCUUGAUGCAUUUAGAAGAGUGUUAAGAUACAUCAAAGCUACCAUGAAUUAUGGAGUUAUGUUUCAGAGGGAACAAAAAUGCAAGAUGGUAGGUUAUUGUGAUGUUGAUUACGCUGGAGAUGGAAGUACACGUAACUCCACUACAGGUUAUGUGUUUAUGUUGGGAUCCUGUGUUGUGUUGUGGUGCAGCAAGAGGCAGCCUACUAUGUCCCUCUCUACUACAGAAGCUGAGUACCGAAUAGCAACUAUGGCAACCCAAUAA